UGCCGCCUCAGUCCGGCAAUCUUCCCCGCAAUAAAUCAAUGCCUUCUUUUCAUCCCACGCAGGCGUUCGCUGGGGGGCGUUCCUCGCACGUUCUGACUCUACAACUUGAACUAGCAAUGUACUCUUCAUUUGGCAAGCAAUCAUGGGCACAAGGCUGUCUACCUGGAAAUAUGCAGCUAUACCAGCUUUAAUCCUUGUCGCGCUUAUCUCCCCAUCCAACCUGAUCCUCAAAAAACCUCUUUCAGUCUUCUUCUCAUCAGAGGAAGUUUCAAGAUUUCAUCUGUUCCCAUCAAGCCAUAAUUUGCGCUCAGAAACCACAAGGACAUACAACUUUACGCUGGCUGAAGAAUUGUUAUCGCCUAAUGGAGUGCAAAAGACAGUGCUUACGGUCAAUGGUCUCUUUCCUGGACCCACGAUAGAAGUCAGAUCCGGUGAUUUGCUUGUAGUGAACGUAUACAACAAAUUAUCCGAGGCUACCAGUUUACACUGGCACGGUAUCAGACAUCCAGCUGGAAACAACUCGCAAGAUGGGGCUGCGGGCGUAACCCAAUGUCCAAUACCUCCUGGUGCAAAUCACACCUAUCGUGUAUACCUUUCGUCGGAACAAUAUGGAACCUUCUGGUAUCACUCCCACCAGUCUACUCAAUUAUCAGACGGACUUUUCGGAGCAUUGAUUAUUCACCCCCCUGCUUCUCUUGCCGAAAAAGCACGACCUCAUCAGGAUGAGCUCAGAAGUGAACGAUCUCUCAGAUACCGUAGAACGUCUCAGUCAUCCAGUGUCUUGGACCAAGUCAUGCUUGUUGGUGAUUGGUACCAUCGCUCAGGGAAGGAAGUUUUGGAUUGGUAUCAAAGUCUGCGCUCGCAUGGCAAUGAGCCAGUCCCGGAUGCCAUUCUCAACAACGGGCUUCAAGUUUUCAACUGCUCUAAGAGUAUCGCCAAAAUCAUCUGCGAUCCCAAGCAAGGUCGUACCCCAACGUUCCGUUUACACCCUCAGCACCAAAACAUCAUACGUCUCAUCAAUCCCGGCUCUAUAGCAGAAAUUCACAUAUCUCUUGAUUUCCAUCUUUUCCGUGUGAUUGAAGCUGAUGGGACCCAAAUUCAGCCUGUGAUCGUCAAGGAAAUAACCAUCGCCCCUGGUCAGCGAUACGCGCUCGAAGUUAUCCGCGCUGAUGAGGGCAAGUAUGAUCGAUUUUGGCUGAGACAACGGGUGAACUACGAGGAUUUCAAGUAUCCGAAUGUUGCUUUGGACCUCGAGUCGAAGUCCAUCGUGACGUACGGCCCUCGUCGGGACUUGAACUUACCUAGCAGCCAAAGUUGGUCCGACAUCAAGGCUGAAGAACGUCUCGAUCCAUUGUCACUCCAACCUCUGGAUCAGAUAGCUCGCGUGCUCCCUCCUGCGGACGAGACCUUGAUGAUGUAUGUGACGACAAUGAUUCGAACUGCGACGGGGAAUAGACCCUUUGGAUACGUCAACCAAACCACAUGGAAACCAAAUCUAACAAAUCCCGUUUUGGCAAGAAACGAGUUCGUUUCUUCCUCAAAAGAACUCAUCGUUCCUGUCAAUGUCGGAAACACGUCGAACUCCAUUGUUCUGGACAUCAUCGUGAACAACCUCGAAGACGGCCCCCAUCCUUUUCACUUGCACGGACACCAUUUCUGGCCUUUGUACACAUAUGAAGCGGUAAUGGGGGCGGGUUCAUACAAAUGGGAACGACCGCCUACUUUACCUACGACUGCUCCAGCUUUGAGGGAUACUUUCGUCGUCCCAGCCAGAGGAUAUGCAAUAUUCAGGGUGAGAUUCGAUACCCCUGGGAUGUGGUUGUUCCAUUGUCAUGUGCUGGUGCACUUACAGUCAGGUAUGGCUAUGAUAUUUGAUGUUCUCAGCGAUCGCAUACCGCAGGAGGAUAGGAUAAAUGCGGCAAAUAGUUGUUCCUAACUGUACUAUCCAUUGGGUACGCGUUGAAUAUCAGUUGUCUACUUCUUUUGUGUCGCGGGCCUCCAAAUUGCGGCGAAAUGGCUUGUAAUGCACAGAGCGGUCCGAGCAGUUGAACUAUGAGACUAUGAACAUAAGUUUUGCAGUCUAAAUAAAGCCUGCCGUACGUUUGUUCGGCGAAAUAAGAAUGAUAUGUGACGGGUCCGGUUUCUUAACUCUCUUCUAUUUUGCAGAAUUGUCCUUGGUAACGCGGCCAAAAAAACCCCGCAUACAAAAUGUUAUUUUUCCGAGAUGCAACGCAAAAUUGAUUUCAUGAAAGAGGGCCCCGUCCGUGCCUAGAAUGCUUGA